AUGGCGGACGACAUGAACGGCUCGGCUGGUUCGGCAAAGCGUGCGGCAUUGCUUUUGCUACUCGAUAGCGACAGCUCCGAGUCGGAAAGCUCAAGUUCCGACACGAGCGAUUGCUCGGAUAGUGACAGCGACGGUGAAACUGCCGCUUACGAGCGGGAAUUCAACAGGAUGUUCCGCAUUCCCGUAAAGAGGCCUAAAGUAGUCGGCUUCAUCGAGGACGUCGUGCGGCAGUACUCGGACGAUGAGUUCCGAAGGCACUUCAGGUUAUCUCGACCUGUGGCGGAAAAGUUGAUCGCCGACUUUGCCGCGUCGUCAAUGUACGCAGCCAACAAAACCUGCAUGAGAAACGUGGCCAGCCGGUUCGACUUGUCGGAAAGCUCUGUUUACCGAAUCCUUCAUAGAGUGGCCGACUUCCUCCUGACCCUGGGACAGUCGUUGAUAAAAUUUCCUGCUGACCUGGAGAACCUCACUAGAAGUUUUGAGAAGGUGUCUGGAAUGCCUGAUGUUGUUGGCUGCAUCGAUGGGUCGUACAUCAAGAUAGAGUGCCCGGAGAAGAAGGUUGCUUCGACAUAUUGCAACAGGCACCAUUACCUUUCACUCACACUACAGGCCGUCUGCGAUGACAAAAGGCGCUUCCUGGACGCAUUCAUUGGAAGUUCAAGCAAAAUGCAUGAUUCGCAUGUGUUCAGCUUGUCGCCACUUUCAAAGAAAAUCUCUGCAGUAUGUCAGGGGUCUUACCAUCUUUUAGGGGAUGCAGCGUAUUCACUGCGGGAACACCUGUUGACCCCCUACAGGGAUUACGGUGCUUUAACAAAGCAGCAAAAGCACUUUAAUUAUAAGUUUUCAGCGACAAGAGUUCUAAUUGAAAAUGCAUUUAGCACUCUCAAAAAGCGCUUCAGACAGCUGAUGUACCUUGAGCUCCGCACUAUUCCCUGGCUCAAUAAGUUUAUCAUAAGCUGCUGCGUUCUGCACAACUUGUGCAUUGAGUAUGGUGAUGUAGAGCCAGAUGAUAAUGAUAAUAAUGAGCAAGCACCCAAUGACGUUCAGUGGCAGAAUUGCAGUGAUAAUCAUAUUGACAAAUCUGGUGAAGAGCGAGCACUGCGCAGGCUUGGAGAAAUUAAGCGCACGAAAGUCUUGGCAAAGCUCCUGUAGAAAAACUGGUCACUAAACCAUCCUGCUCCAAACUGUACUUUUCCUUUAGCUCCAAAACACCAAAAGCCACUUUAAUGACAGCACUAGGCUUCAUGCGUAAUCAUGCAAUGAUGGUAUCACAUUCUUUGUAGCCCUGUAAUUCAUCAUCAUCAUCAGCCUUGUUACGCCCACUGCAUGGCAAAGGCCUCUCCCAUACUUCUCCAACUACCCCGGUCAUGUACUAAUUGUGGCCAUGUACCUGCAAACUUCUUAAUCUCAUCCGCCCACCUAACUUUCUGCCGCCCCCUGCUACGUUUCCCUUGGAAUCCAGCCCGUAAUCCUUAAUGCCCAUCAGUUAUCUUCCCUCCUCAUUACAUGUCCUGCCCAUUUCUUUUUCUUGAUUUCAACUAAGAUGUUAUUAACUCGCAUUUGUUCCCUCACCCAAUCUGCUCUUUUCUUAUCCCUUAACGUUAUUCCCAUCAUUCUUCUUUCCAUAGCUUGUUGCGUCGUCCUCAAUUUAAAUAGAACCCUUUUCGUAAGCCUCCAGGUUUCUGCCCCGUACAUGGGGGAUAAUGGCAACCUGCUGUUCAUGAUCUGAGAAUGCCUGCCAAACGCACCCCAGCCAUUCUUAUUCUUUCAGUGUCAUGAUCCGGAUCUGCGGUCACUACCUGCCCUAAGAUGUAUUCCCUUACCACUUCCAGUGCCUCGCUACCUAUUGUAAAUUGCUGUUCUCUUCCGAGACUGUUACACAUUACUUUAGUUUUCUGCAGAUUAAUCUUUAGACCCACUCUUCUGCUUUGCCCCUUCAAGUCAGUGAGCAUGCAUUACAAUUGGUCCCCUGAGUUACUAAACAAGGCAACAUCAUCAGCGAAUCGAAAGUUGUUAAGGUAUUCUCCAUUAACUCUUAUCCCCAAUUCUUCCCAAUCCAGGUCUCUGAAUACCUCCUGUAAACACGCUGUCAAUAGCAUUGGAGAUAUCGUAUUGCCUUUAUUGGGAUUUUGUUGCUUUCUUUAUGGAGGACUACAGUGGCUGUGGAGCUGCCAUAGAUAUCUUUCAGUACUUUUACACACAGAUUCCAUAAUGCCUUCAUGACUGCCGAGGUUUCGACAGAAUCAAACGCUUUCUCGUAAUUAAUGAAAGCUACAUAUAAGGGUUGGUUAUAUUCCGCACAUUUCUCUAUCACCUGACUGAUAAUGUGAAUACGGUCUAUUGUUGAAUAGCCUUUACGAAAUCCUGCCUGGUCUGUAACUACCUGGAUGUAAACAUGAGAACCACUAGCUCCAAUGUGCAUCGAAAUAAAGUCCAUGCAGUAGUUGGGGGCUGCGGUGUGUGUACUAACGUGCGGCCCUCAUUAAAUACAAAAACACAUGUUUGGCACUGUACACUUUUAUUUAAACAAGCCGAUAUUCUCGGACACUGGAUUUUUUUUAUUCUUCAAGGCCAAGAGCACGGCUUAAAAGCCUCAUUUUUUCUGAAUGUUGUUUUGCUUUUUCUUGACGAAUACGUUCCUUGUAUUCUUGCCUUUCUUUGUGGCGCCUCUCUCUCUCUUGUUCCCGUGCAGCUCGUCUUUUUUCUUUUUCUUCUUGAAUUUUGCUCAUUUCAUCGAAGAAUACCUUCAUCUCCAGCAUUCUCGAACCUGAGGGCUUAGGCCUUUUGGGCAUAGGCUCCUUUGUCAGUGCUUGGGUCAGCGCUAGGCUUUCAGACUCCUGGCUUUCUGAUGCUUGGCUGGUCGACGCUGGGCUGGCGGAUGCCUGGCUGGCCGACGCCUGGCUGGCUGGCCUCUUAACAGCAACAACGCCAGAGCUGUCCCUCAGCUCUUCGGGCUCGAGGCUGUCGUCUAGCCAGCGUAUUCUGGCUACUUCAUCCUCAAAGGGCACUUCACACGGGGAAUUGCCGGAUUUGUUGUUGUGUGCUGUAGCACUUCUUUUUCUACGCAUAACGGUUUUGUAGCGGCUGCAGCACUGCUCACCGGUUUUUGGAACUCCAAGUGCCUCUGUAAUGUUGGCUGCAAUUCGACUGAACAUUAGCUUUUUAUUUUUGAAUUUUUUCAACGGCCCAAUCUCGGCAAAGUAUUGCUCAUAAUAAUCAAAUAGCAACUUGGUUUCCCCGGCUGUCCAUUCACAGCCUGUACCUGCAAACAAAAAGUGCAUGAGGUAGUUGUAGAGGUGUUACAUCUGCAUUAAGCGAUUGCAUUUGCUGGUUUGAUUUGUGUAGUGCUCGUGUUUGCAGCGAUCUUUUGAAGCUCAUUUUAUGAUUUCUCCAUCCUGUAUCGGCCUUUGGGCUAACAGUACCAAUAAAUAAACCAUAUGUCAUUAUGAAUGAA